AUGGAAGAAUUCCACGACUCCAGGAACGCAACGGGGUCCGUGCGAGGGGGGUACCCGCCAGACCCCGCAGGGAAGACAACAGCGGCCGGGACACGGACCCCAGAGACGCCGACGGGGUCGUGGGGGGCAUGUGAGCCGUGGGACUCCGAUCGGGGGUCCAAUCUCCGCAGCCCUCGCCACCCUCCGAGGAUGUCGGCGGCCGCGGCUGCAGCGGAGCCGGCGAGGGAUGUCGUGGGAGGAGGAGGGGGUCCCUACGGCCAAGGGGACUCAGCCGAGGGGGGCCCCUUACCGCUCGAGGCCGUGCUCCGAGCCUACGAGCAGCCCAUCAACGAGGAGCAGGCGUGGGCCGUGUGCUUCCAAGCCUGCCGGGUCCUGGCCGCGACCCCCUCUGGCGGCGGCGAGGGGGCCCGCGACCCCGGCGGCGGCGGUGGCGAGGGGAGCUCGGCUCGACCCCGUCUGCACCUCGCGGGGCCCCACGGGGUGCUGCUGCACAGGGACGGUGCCGUGCAGUGCGUGCUGCAGCCUCGAGACCCUGCAACUGGAGAAACAACUGAACCCUGCUCGGCAGAGGUGGAGGUGGUGCGCUCGCUGGGCUUCGUCAUCUACAAGGCCCUGGAUUGGGGCCUGGAUGAAAACGAGGAGCGUGAGCUGAGCCAGCCGCUGGAGGAGCUCAUCGACUGGAUGACCAGCCUGGAGGACGCGGCGGCCACGGACGACGAGGGCGGGGGAGGUGCGUUGCGCGACGAGGGCUACGACGGGCCAGACGAGGACGAGGAGGCCGGCGCCGGCAACGCCACCACCACCGCCGGCACCGGCACCGCCGCCGGCACCACCGCCGCUGACGGCGGUAGCGGAGUGAGCCGUCCGGAAGGGCCGUUCCAGUCCGUCAUAAAGAUGUGCACGUCACACCUGAGGACGACUCGUGAAGCCCCGUCGCACUACCAGGCCGUGUGCCGCGCGCUCUACGCCGAGGCCAUGGAGCUGCGCACCUUCCUCGAGAAGAUCCAGAGCGCCAAGGAGGCGCUGAAGAAGAUGCAGGGCGGUGGUGGCGGCGGCGGCGACGGAAAUCAAGCGUCGCCCAACUCCUUCGAGCUCAACGAGCUGCAGCACCUGGACUGGGCGCGCCUGUGGGGCCCGGUGAUGCGCGAGCUCCGUCACGGCGUGAAGCUCAAAAAGGUGGCGGCCAUGCGUCCCUACAGCGGCCUGCCCAUCGAGUUCCAGUUCACGCCCUACGAGAUGCUCAUGGACGACAUCCGCGCCAAGCGAUACAACCUGCGCAAGGUCAUGGUAGGGGACAUGGUGAACGGAGACAUCCCCCAACGGGUGCGGAAGAGCGCGCACGACGUCAUCCUGGAGUUCAUCCGCUCGAGGCCGCCACUUAACCCCGUCGCGUUCCGGAAGCUCCGCGAGACCCCGGAGCGACCCCGCAGUCUCCACGAGCAGAUGCUCGACGAGAUCCGCAUGGACCGCAAGCUGCGGCCCGUCUCGCCCGUCCUGCCUCAGCCCUGCCGGACCGCCCUGAGACCGCUUAGCAUGUCACAGAGCUUUGACCUGGCAGACAUCGACACUCCGGACGGGCGCCGCGUCCGCAAGAAGAAGCUGCUGAAGGCGCCAACGCUGGCGGAGAUGGAGGCAGAGUUCGAGGAGGAGCAGGAGGAGGGCAACCUCGGCGACGCCGGGACACUCGACUACCUGGGCGACAUGUCGCCUUUCCUGCGCGACGCAGGGCCCCGGGACCGGCGCUCGCUGCACCUGAGCUUCAUGCCGGUGUCGUUGACGCCACAGCCGGAGCGCCGCUUGCCAGGCCCGCGGCGCCACUCCAUCGAAAAGGAGACGCCGACCACCACGGCGGCGCGAGAGUUCCCACGUCCCGUGCGCCAGGACUCGCGCUCGCUGGAAGUCGGACCGCGACCGCCGGUCCUGCACCGUGCCGACGGAAUGUUGAUCAUGACACGGCAACCAUCCUGA